AUGAUGCUGUUGAAGAAACUUUUGUUGUUUUUGCUGAUUUUGAUGAUAAAAGCAGAGACUGUUUUCUAUGAUACUGCUCAAAAGCUGGAUUGGUACGUGAACAUAACCGAGUUCCCGGACCAUAUCCAGGCUCAACUGGAAGACAAACGAUCCGUCCGAGGCUUUUCUCGAUACCCGAAUCCGCGCCCAAGCGAGCAAAAAAUCCAAGUGCGCAAGUUUGUUCAGAUGAAGCAGCUGAUCAACUUUAUGCUUGGAGCGAAGGCGAUGGGACAAUAUGACAAAUUUUGCGGAUAUGGUUGCUGGUGCUUUCCGGACGGAUCGACGGACAUUAUGGUUGGAAAAGGACCCGCACUUGACCCAAUUGAUAGAACUUGCUUUCACUUGCGACAGUGCUACAAAUGCUUGGAGAUGGAAGGAUGCGACUACAAGGAUACAAGAUUGGGUCCAACGGGUCAAUCCGAUUAA